AUGAUUUUCUGAAAGAAGGCAGGAAACAGGUAGAAGACAGGAUACAAAAGGAGCUUGCUAAGGUAAAGUCUAUGGUUCAGUACCCAGAAGGCAGAGAGCAAUAUCGCAGACUGCUGAAUGUUGUCACUGAGAUCCAAGAGAAAAAGGUUAGCGCCCCGAGUCCAAUUGAUUUUGAUGAAGACCUGAUAGAUGUUGAAGCAUUAUUAGAGUACGACACUUCAUGGCCAGUGGCCACUGCAACUUGAGACAUCUUUAAAACCGCAUGUAAUAAAGUUACUAGAGAUUUCAGAAAUGCCAGCCAAUCGCUGGUGUGAACGCAGGCAUAUCUCUCCAAAAAGCACUGGUGAGUCACUCCCCUCAAGUGCCAACCAGGAUUGUUCUACUCUGGUGUUUGUCCCUAUAAACGCUCAAAUGACACCAAAGCAGAGACACAGACCAAAUUACAUGCUGAAAUGUUCAAUAAAUAACAGUAUUACUCAUAGAUGAGAAAUACUUCUAGUAUGAGCUGUUUUGUGGAUAACGGUGGUUUAGGUGCCUCAGGUUUGAACCCGACUCUUAACUUCAAAUCAAGAUUUUGAAGUUAGUGGGUGCAACUUCGUUAAAGUCUUAUAAAUUGUUUUUCCUGUACCUGUAAUUGUAAGUGAUGAAAUGUGAAAACUAUUUUCUUCUUCUCUCAUCCCUGUCUCUUGCUUUAAUAACUCUACUUCUUCCCU